UUACCAAGUAAAUUUGUAUGCUAACAAUUAUUCUGAGUAAUUACCACAAACUCGCAAACUUUGCCCGUUUGGAAUUGCAUUUUGAACAGCUAAAUAAUAAAAAUCUCGACGAAAACAACACCUGUUCCGACGGUAGGUCGGAACAGCUGAUGAUGUGAAUACAACAUGUAUCUCUGGCUCUUUUUACACUUUCGUCCUGAUUUUUAUUAUACAAGUUUAGGCUGUUUUGUCAUGGAGACUCUGAGUGCGUCAUGAUCACACACUCAAUAGUUGGGUGUGCUGUCACAUCACACGUAGGCUUGGUUCCAAUGCUGCGAUUGUGGCAUUAUCGCAUGAAAUAGCGCCCUCUUAGAUUUACAGCUCGUAUAGCGAGUUGUUAGAGUGCGUGAUAUUUUUCGUGGCUGAUGCAUCUGAAUAACCGCAAUCUCAGACUUGAAAAUAAGUCUACAUCACACGUGGAUCGUAAUCACUUCCUCGACCCCGUGUUAAGAGUGUGUACAUCCGUUGUCAUUAACCACCACACGGACGUACGACGUAUAAAUACCAUGCAGAGAGAAAUGCGCGCAUUACGGGCAUGGCGCGCAGACUUCCGUAACAUAUUAUGGCUGACACUUACUGACAGCUCAUCGUGACCACAAACUUCCUCGCUUUAUGAGAAAAUUUCGACUGUUAUAUGUGAAGUUACAACUGCAUGCCUGUAUUUAACAACAGAGUCAUUAAUUUGUACAUCAUCGGAACAUUAUGGAACAAGAAAGAGAAAUCGUCUUCUCCCUUUCUCCAGAGGAGACAAGUGAACUCAAGAAUGGCGUGAACCUCAUCAGUAGAUCUGAGAAGGAGAAAUUUGUCAUCUACAAGGAUCCCACUGCAGAGAAUACUGUGGAGGAGCCGGCCACGUCGCACAUGUACAAGGCGUGUCUGAACAAAUGCAAACAUCAAGGCGGGACGUUUAUUAAAGAUAUUGAAGAUGGGGAUAACUGCAUUCUCCGCUGCACCAAGCAUGGAUGGAAACUGGAUGCUAAGACGAUGCGUUAUGUGAAUCCACCAGAUAGCUUCAGUCAACAACAGCUUGUCCCAGAGUAUAAUGAGGAUGGUAGCCUGGACAUCGUAGAGUUGAAGCCACCUCAGCCAUGGGAGACGGAUAAGAGAGAUCCUAUGCCACUAGAAGUAGGAGAAGUUCAGAUUACGUACUUCACCCAUGCAUGCAUUGAGAUUAAACUCGGUGACCUGAUCAUGUUCACUGAUCCAUGGCUCAUUGGCCCAGCCUUUGCACGGGGUUGGUGGCUGAUGCAUGAACCGCCAGCUGAUUGGCUGGACAGGUUGGCCAAGGCCGACCUCAUUUACAUAAGUCAUCUCCAUUCCGACCAUUUAAACUACCCAACUCUUGAGCUGUUAUCACAACGCAAUCCUGACAUUCCGAUCUACGUUGGCGAUACCUCAAUGCCCGUCUUUGUCAGACUCGAGCAGAGUGGGGUCAAACUCAAUAACAUCCAUAUCAAGAAAUUUGGCAAAUGGAUCGAGAUUAAUAAAGAUACACGAUUCAUGAUCAUGAUGGAUGGUGUGCAUCCUGAUAUGGACACAUGCGCUCUUAUAGAUUACAAAGGUCAUCUUAUCCUAGACACGGUGGACUGUACCAAUCCGAAUGGGGGUCGACUGCCCAUCGGAGUAGACAUGAUGCUGAGUGAUUUUGCUGGUGGGGCUUCUGGUUUCCCAAUGACUUUCUCUGGUGGCAAGUACACAGAGGAGUGGAAGGCGGAGUUUGUGAAGCGCGAACGGCGUAAGCUUCUCUACUAUAAGAUGCAGCAGGUGCGGGAUGUGGCUCCUACUGUCUAUUGCCCAUUUGCUGGUUACUUUGUGGAAGCUCACCCAUCUGAUCACUACAUCAGAUCAACAAACACAAAGAAUGAUCCCGAUGCACUGAAUGCUCUCAUCAACAAGUACUCGCCAAACAUAAAGACGUGGAGCCCAAGUCCUGGUGCGGUGUUAGACCUUCAGAAGGCGAUACAAGGAGACCGAGAUUUCAUCACAGAUCCACCAAGGGGCACACAGAAAUUCAAAGAUAGCUGGGAUUUUGAAAAAUAUGUGAAUGCGAUCAACAAGAACAUCGAAGAAGAGAUCUUUUCCUACCCAGAGUGGAUUCAAUUCUACUACAAAUGGACUGGCUUCAAGAAUUACAACCUGGUCAUUAGAAUGGUGGAGAGAGACGAUGAUUUCUGCCCUGUAGUUGGUGGCUAUGACUUCAUGGUUGAUUUCGUUGGAGAGGAGCCAACAUUCCCUACAGAGCGUCCAGCGAGGGAACACAGCUACCUUGAGAUGGAGAAUCGCAUCGGUGUGCAUCGAGAGACAGUUAGACAGGGGCUCUUCUGGGAUGAUCUCUACAUUGGAUUUAACAAUAGGAUCUCCAGGGAACCAGACACAUUCCAUUAUUUGUUUUGGAAUCACAUGCAGAUCUUACUGCCAAGGACUGAUCCAGACUGGGAAGGUUUCUUAAGGGACAUGAAGACUGAGGGAGCUCCUCAAAAGGCCAUCUGGAACCCAAGUCAAGCAACUCCGGCAGUAGAAGCAAAGGACCCGUCCAGUGACUCCAAAGAUUCAGCGACUAAGCCGGGCACUCACUGGAACUACGAGCGAUUACUUCGACCACUUGGGAUCGUUGUGGCCCUGGUUGGUGUUGGAGUGGCAAUCUGGAAAUCAGAGUCAAAGUAGUCGGAUCUAUACAGGUCCUACACUUAUCCAGCUGCCUUCUAAUGAAAUCCAUGAGCUCGUGAAACCGUGGUUGUUUCUCCCCCCUUUUUCACUAAUACAUAGAUCUAGGGUAAGUGCAUGUUCUUCUUUAAUUUAAAGAAUUUAAUCCAUUCAUUAGACAUUUGGAAUCUACCAUUAUUUAAAUGGGGGGUAAUACCUUGGGUAGCACCGCCAGAUAUUGAAAAUGUAUAUUUUGAGACGUUAUUUCCUUUUGUGGUUUUAGAGUAAGGGAUUAAACUAAUUUUCAAUCUGAGAACUUGUCAUGCAUGAAACAUUUCUCAGGUUGUUUAUUCCAAUUUUGGAUUAAUCUUUCUUCGUGGACAUUACAACUUCAGUUUUUUUUAGAUUACUCAACACCGUAUACCCUUUAAAAUGUCUUAACAUUUAAAAUUACAAUUGUUGUAUUGUAUAUUUCUACAUAUGUAUACAUAUAUAUAUAUAUACAUACAUAUAUAGGAUUAAAACAAUCGUCCAGUUCCAAAAACCAAAGAUAUACUUUGCCUCUAAAUUUAUGUUUUUAUCAUUUGUUCCUCACAUGGGAAAUGAUAAACUUAUUUAUUGAUGAUGUGGCUUGUGACAUUACAUCAACGAAAAAAUACUCACGGGUCGAAGGUUAGUAGGCACAAAUUGUACACUGCUUGCUUUGCUGAAUUCUUUCACUUGUCAGCACGUAUGUAUUAUGUAAUAAUAAUAUUUAUAACCUUAUUUAUAAAAACAACGCAACCAAAACUUAAACCUAUACUGGGCUGUUAUCGCAAUAAUUAUUAAUAUUUAGAAAACAACUUCUUAAAGGCAAUGUAUGCGUUUUGUAAUCACUUUUAAACUUAACGGCACUACAAACUUAUUUGGUUAGAAGUACAAGUUUGGGCCUUGGAGCAGAUUUUGAUAGUUCAUAGAUUUUUGAGAAUCAUUUCACUCUUAAAGAUGCUAUGUCAGAUUUUUGGCCCCAAACAUUAAAAAAUAUUUUUUUUUUUAGUGAAUGGUAUUUCAAAGAGUAUCAACUUUUACUUUUAAUGGUCAGGAACAAUUACAAAAAUUUAAAACGUUUCUUAUACAACACAUCAGAAUUGGUCACAUGGUAUAUUGUCGGGAUCCCAACAAAAACUAAUUUUGAGCACUUUAUUUCACUGCUACUAAUAAUUGGCCGACUUUUUCGAGCAAUGGCUCAAAUGAAAGCUUGUAACAUUCUCGACACCCAUCAAAAUGCCUAUUGAAUUUUAAAUCAAAAUUUUUGGGUCAAAUCGGCCAAAAAUCUGACAUAGCAUCUUUAAGUUAUGUGUUUAUGUAAAAACAUGUCAGUUAUUAUCCCCCCAAAUUUGAAUUUUCAGAAGCAUUACUGUCAGUAACGUUUCUCAGAGUAUGUAUUCCUCUAAGCAAUUAUUCUCCCAGUCCUGGUUUGUUGUACAAAAUCUUCCAUAUUAUGAAAACUUGUUCCUUAUUUUGUUGAUUGUAACUCUAAAUGUCUCUGUGAUUGUUGUACAAAAGAACACUUAAUAGAGCGCCGGUAUGCGCCUCAGGAAGGCGCUCAUGGCGCUUGAGGAGAGAAAGACAAAUUAGGACUGAGGAUUGUGUGAGUAUGCUUGUUGAAAAGGUGAGAUUUUAAGUUUGUCUUGAAUGUUGUGAUGGAUGGAGAGGAUUUGACAGUCAGUGGGAGUUGGUUCCACACCCGGGGCUGAUGCCACAGAAAAUGACCUAUUGCCCUAAAGAGUGGAAGUUCUGGGCUAAUGGCAUCAUGAGCUCAUUAGAACGCAGUCUGGUGUGUGCUGAGGUGUAUGGGUGGAUGAGGUUGAUGAGGUAUUCUGGAGCAUUGUAAAUCACAGACUUCUUACUUGAACAGUUCUAUAUAGUAGGGCCCUAAUCUGUUGAUUUUCUCCUGUGUUUACAUUGACAUUAAGUAUGAACCAAUUUGUACAAAUAUUACUGGACUAUUAUUACUACUCAUUAUUGUUAUUACUAUUGUCAAUACUACUCUCGGACCAAGGCAAGCGUUCUAUUUUUACCAUUUUCAUUGGCGCUCGGUAGCCAAAAGCUUGAAUUGCCAAACUAUUUGCUUGACUUUUUACUGUUUCUUUAGUCCAAACUUUAGGCUGAAACUAAGUUGAGAUUGACAUUAAAUACGAUUUAUUGAAGUA